UCGGUGACCGCAGGCGCACCUGCGGCGUUGGACGCUGAUAAAAGCAACUUCCUCUCAGGUGACGCUGUUUGUCCCGAUGAGCCGCGGCGGCCGAUAUGGACUUAAGCCAGUUCAUUUAUUCGAUUUUUCUGGCAAGUCAGAUUAUUUCCCGAGGUCAGAUUCUCGGAUGCAAUCAAGGCCAGUGGCAGUGUGACGAUGGAAACUGUAUCCCUGACGUCUGGAUUUGUGAUGGAGCUGGAGACUGUCUGGACGGGUCUGAUGAAAUGGAUUGCACUGUGCUCCCAGGCUCUUCUGAAUGUCCACAGGGUCAGUUUCCCUGUGUGGACACUGUCGGCUGCGUCGAGGCAUCGGCACGCUGCGAUGGACAAAUCCAGUGUCCCACCGGCUCAGAUGAGGAGAACUGCACCGCUACUGGGGGCUGCCUGAAGUCUGACUGGACUUGUCGAAACCACAUCUGUAUCCCCAGAGAGCUGCGCUGCAACGGACUGAAUGACUGCUUGGACAACUCUGACGAAGAGGACUGUGUUCAGUGUGGUGAGAAUGGCAUACGUUGUCCAGAGGGGACAUGUCUGUCUGCUGAAGAGAGGUGUGAUGGACAGGUACACUGCUCAGAUGGCAGCGAUGAGCCCAUAACCUGCGGUCGUAUUUGCUCCAUGAACAACGGUGGCUGUAGCCAUGUGUGUGUCGAUGAGGCCUGGGGAGCUCUGUGUUCCUGUCCUGAUGGAUAUAAGCUCUCUCCCAAUGGAGCAGUCUGCGAAGAUUUGGAUGAAUGUGCUCCACCCUUUGCUCCCUGUAUGCAUCACUGCACUAACACGGUCGGAUCCUACUAUUGCCACUGCAGAGACGGAUAUAAACUGGAUGGAAACUCCACAUGUGUGGCUAUAGGUGAUACUAUCAGAUUGCUUACAGUGCAGAGGAAAUCCAUUGGGCUGUUGAGUGUGAAAUCUCAACAGUUUGAAGUUAUCCACACUCCAGUGUUUGACCCAGUGGCUUUGACCUUUGAUUUUGCACGAGGCUGGUACUACUGGGCUGACAACCAGGGCAGCAUUUACAGAAGUGAUGGACAGCACAGCUCGACAUUCUAUACUGGGGAACCUGGAAUCAAGGGUCUAGCCUGCGAUUGGCUGAAUGGAAACGUGUUUUGGACAAAUCAGAAGACGGAAUCAAUCUACAUGCAGACACCUGAUGGGAAAAGUUACACUACAGUGCUGAGCAAAAACAUCAGUCCAUCAGAGCUGGUGCUUAUACCUGUGGAGAGCUUGAUGUUCUGGAUCAAUGCCGGCCACGGGGACAGAGUGACGAUAGAGAAGUCGUGGAUGGACGGGUCGGAAAGAAGCUCUCUGACUGCGCUCACGGCUCAGUCCGCCCACAGUCUCACUGCUGACGUGGCAGCCAGGAGGCUCUACUGGAUCAGCGACUUCAAGAAGUCUAUAGAGACGGUGAAGAUGGAUGGGACUGGCCGUUUCUCCAUCACAGGACUGUUCAACAGGAGACCAGCUCUAAGUCUGGCUGUGUUUGAAAGUUCUUUCUACUGGGUGGAUGAUAAAGGACUGUGGCAGGUUCCACAGAACCAACCAGACCAAAAGAAAUUCAUCUCGAAGGCCCCUCUGCCAAUAUUAGCUGUCUACCACAAGCUACAGCAGCCUCAAGGUUCUUCUGCAUGUGCAAAUACCCCAUGUCACCUCUGCCAGCUGACUAAAGGCAACCCCCUCGGUUUCACCUGCACCUGUCCAAACUCCAAAGUACUGCUGCCUGAUGGGACAUGUGAAUAUCCAAGGUUUAUAUACGCUACCAUUUCCACCAUCAGCGUGUUGGAGUUUAGAGACAGUGAGUUCACUAAAAUCCAGCUGUUCACCACUGAUGAAGGCAUCCUGUCAUUUGAUCUGGACUGGUACAGAAACUGGCUAUACUGGGCUAACCAAACUGGCCAUAUCCAACGCACCAGUCUAACCCAGGUCAAGACUGAGGUCGUACCAACACCUUUGCCAGUUUGUCUGAUAAAAGUAGACCAAAGAAGAGGGAGCCUUUAUUGGGUGUCAUGUGAUCAAAACAUCAUUGGUACAUCCAUGGCUGACGGUCAAUACCCACAGCAUCUGUACCGUACAACAAAGGAGAUUCGAGAUCUGUACCUGGACUGGUUGAAGGGUGGUAUCGUGUGGCUUGAGGAAGAGCGAAUCCUCACCAUGAGCAUGAUGGGAGGCAAAGCCAAAGAGCUGCUACAGCUAGCAGGAGGAGUCAGAGGGAGCAUCGCAUUCGACCUCAGGGCGAGCAGUCUCCUCUGGAACUCAAAAUGGGCAGGUUUGAUAACAAUGAGUUUGCUGCAGGCAAGAAGCCACCAAGCUGGAAGGAGAUGGAACAUUUCAGGCUCGAUCAUCGCUGCCUUCGAGCCCUAUCUGUUAUCCAUGUCUGAUGAUGUCAUGACUCUGUGGGACCGACGUGACGGGAACGCCAUCCAGGAUGUGUCAGUGAGAGGUCAUGUGUUGAGUGUAGUCACUGCACUCGGUGACAUUCAUACAGUGCCCAAUACUCCAGUCUGCAGUGAACCCUAUGUGCUGUGCCGACACACAUCGGUCUGCCUCUCACAAGCCCAGCUGUGUGAUGGGAAAAAGGACUGCCCUGGUGGAGAUGAUGAGGAGUCUUGUGUAAGCACAUGUCCAUCCGAAGACGAUUUCAAGUGCAAGGACCUUAGGAGCUGCAUCUCCAAGGAUCUCAUCUGUGACGGCCGCUCUCAUUGUCACGACGGCUCAGAUGAGGUCAACUGUCCAACCGUAGCUUCACCUGCAGCUCAGGCAAACAUCCUGAAGUGUCGCGUGGGUUCUAAGCCUUGUGAAGACAGCACAGAGUGUGUUUUAUACAGCCACGUGUGUGAUGGGGAGGAAGAUUGUCAGGAUGGAUCAGAUGAACUGGGAUGUGAUGCCACAGAACAGACCAUGACUCCAAAAAAACUAAAUAUGGAUCCAAACGAAGUGCCACUUGCUACCAAACUUCCUGCUUCGACUGUGCCGGCCUGCAGCAGGCCCUCUGUGCUCUGUCCUCGUUCUUCUGUCCACAUCUGCAUUUCUCCGAGCCAGUUUUGCAACGGGCGAAAAGACUGUCCUGAUGGCUUUGAUGAACAGAACUGUGUGACAAGAUGUUCCUCAAAAAAUGACUUCCGCUGCAAAGACCGUAGGAGCUGCAUCUCCAAGAGUCUGGUUUGUGACGGCCGCUCUCAUUGUCAAGAUGGGUCAGAUGAAGUCAACUGCCCGAGUGUCGCUCCUCCUGCAGCUCGAACAAUCGCCCUGAAGUGUCGUGUGGGUUCCAGACUGUGUCGAGAUGGGACAGAAUGUGUCCUCUUCAGUCAUGUUUGUGAUGGAGAGCGAGACUGCCGAGACGGAUCAGACGAAGAAGAAUGUGAUGCUACAGAGAUUGUCCCUACCACAGCUACAGAAAACUUACCUGUCGAACCCCUUACCGAGCCGUCCUGCACCAGUCCUUCAGUUCUGUGUCCGGGUUCAUCUUUAUGCAUCAACCCAUCUCAGUUUUGUGAUGGAAAGAAAGACUGCUCUGAUGGAUCUGAUGAGGACUGUGUGAAAAGAUGCCCUGACAAGACUGAUUUUCUCUGCAAGGACCGCAGGAGCUGCAUCUCCAAGAGUCUGGUGUGCGAUGGCCGCUCUCAUUGCCUUGAUGGCUCAGACGAGGUCAACUGUCCCAAUGUAACUCGUCCUGCAGCUCAAACAAACUUCCCAAAGUGUCGUACGGGCUCAAAGCUGUGUAAAGAUGGCACAGAGUGCGUUUUAUACAGCCAUGUAUGUGAUGGAGAGAAUGACUGUAUGGAUGGAUCGGAUGAACAGGGAUGCUCAGAAACCUGCAAACAAGGUGAGUUUCAGUGCUCUCAUGGGAAGAUGUGCAUCCCUAAGGCUCAGGUCUGUGAUGGAAAGCCACAGUGUCGGGACCAGUCUGAUGAACUUGACUGCGGGGAGCGAACCAAGAGCUGCGAGCAUCAGUGCGCUGAUGGCAAUCGCUGCAUCCCAAACAAAUUCCUGUGCGAUGGAGAGAAAGACUGCCUGGAUGGCACAGAUGAGGUUGGCUGUGACCCUGUUAUUGCCACAACAUCAGAAUCUCCUGUCCUCACUUCCACAUCAGCUUGCAUCACUCCGUCAGUUCUUUGUCCAGGUUCAUCAAAGUGUAUCUCUCAAAAGCAGCUGUGUGAUGGACAGCAAGACUGUCCUGAUGGGUUCGAUGAAGAGAACUGCGUGGUCCAGUGCAAAAACCCAGAUGACUUCUUGUGCAGCGACCGGAGGGCAUGUGUCCCAAGAGUGCAAGUGUGCGACGGUCGUGCCCACUGUCCUGACGGCUCAGAUGAGAAGCAGUGUCAAUCAGCUGAUCCUACCGGUCCCCCCUCCCUCAAUAUGCUCGAUGUCAGAUCAGCCCCACUGAGGUGCCGCAACGGAUUCAGGCCAUGUAAAGAUGGCCUGGAGUGUGUUAUGCACAGCCACGUGUGUGACGGAGAGAGGGACUGCCAGGAUGGAUCAGACGAAGAAGAAUGUGCCUCUCAGUGCAAAGCAGCUGAGUUCCAGUGUGCUCAUGGAAACAGAUGCAUCCCACCAGAGCAGGUGUGUGACGGGAAGAACGACUGUCAAGACCGAUCUGAUGAAAUGGACUGUUCAGGUAUGACUGAGGGAUGCCAUCGGCGCUGUGAUAACAAUACUCGCUGUAUACCAGAGACCUUCCUGUGUGACGGCGAGAGAGACUGCGCCGAUGGGUCAGAUGAGGAAAAAUGUGGUUUGGUGGCCUGUGCGACUAACCAGUAUCGCUGUGCUAGUGGUCAGUGUGUGUCAGAAGGCCUGAGAUGUGAUGGAUAUGCAGACUGCAGUGAUCACUCAGACGAGGUGGAUUGCAAAAGACCCCCACGCUGCCCGGCACAGCUCCGAUGCCCAAAUAGCCAUGAGUGCCUGCAGAGAGAGUGGCUCUGUGAUGGCGAGGAUGACUGCAAAGAUGGGUCAGAUGAGAAGAACUGUGUGUCACCACCGGCAAAGUGCAGGGAAUAUCAGUGGCAGUGUGGAGAAAGCAGUCAGUGCAUCCCUCCAUCCUGGAGGUGUGAUGGGAGGAAGGACUGUCACAACGGCAUAGAUGAGGACAAAUGCACUCAGAGAAAAUGCCCCUUUCAUCUUUACCAGUGUGGCAGUGGUGAGUGUUUGGACCCCAGUCUGGUGUGUAACGGCUUUACCAACUGUGCCGACAGUUCAGAUGAGGGCGCAGGAUGUGUUCAACGCAACUGCUCCAGCCCAUCAGCUCCUCAGUGUGACCGCUGUGUCAGCACCCCAAAUGGCCCGAGGUGCUACUGUGCUGCAGGUUUCAAAGUGCACCCCAGUACAGCAUCCUGUGUGGACGUUGAUGAGUGCAAUGCAGUGCUUCAUGCUGCAUGUAAACACAUCUGCCUGAACACUAUUGGCUCCUACAUCUGCCAUUGUCACCCUGGUUUCUACCUAGAGCCUGACAACAAAAGCUGCAAGACAAAAGACGAACCUUUGCUUCUGGCGUCUGUGCAGUCUGAGCUGUUACUACUAGGAGUCCACAGUGGCACCUUGCGUCUUUUGUCUUCUGCCAGUCGCCCAGUCUUCUCACUGGAUUAUCACUGGACUCAGCAUAGAGUUUACUGGCUAAGCCCUGACUACCAGAGCAUCCGCUGGGCUGACAUGAAAAACUCAAACAACAAAGGGACACUUAUCAAAGGGGUGAAGUCGGAUUUCAUCGCUGUGGACUGGGUUGGUAAGAACCUGUACUGGGUGGAUGGACUAGUGGGCCAGAUUCUGGCUGUGAAGCUCAGCAGUACCACACUGAGAUCUCAGGACUACACUGUGGUCCUGGGUGAAGAUCUAGAGCAGCCGAGCUCAUUGGUCUUGCUUCCGCAUAGAGGGUUGAUGCUUUGGUCUGAGAUUGGCAGCACCCCUCAAAUUGAACGUUCUUGGAUGGAUGGUUCGAAAAGGAAGGUGGUGGUGAGUCGAGACUUGAGCUGGCCAGUCAGUCUGGCCUAUGACCUUCUGGACAACAGGGUGUAUUGGGCUGAUGAGAAACUGCGCUGCAUCGGCUCGGCUUCUCUGGAUGGAGAUAACGUCAAGAUCCUCCAGUUAGUCGAAACACCGAAUCCUUUCUCUGUGGCGGUCUUCAAUGACAGAGUCUUCUGGUCUGACACAAAAAGAAGAACAAUCCGCUCUGCUGACAAGAACACUGGCAAAGAUCAAAAAGUUCUUCUCAAGAGACCAGGGCAACCAUUUGGACUAAAACUGAUGCAUGCCCUCUCCCAACCCAUCAUAUCCAACCCUUGUGACCAGCUACACUGCUCCCACCUCUGCCUCCUGGUCCCGGCGGUGAGAGCCAGGUCUGGAACACCAGGGUUGCAGGGAGCUCCAGCAGUGAGUGAGCCUAUGGCAGUUUGUCGAUGCCCAAAGGGGAUGCUACUUUCUAAGGACAAGAUCACCUGCUCUCUGCCCAUGGAGUCAACUUUCAUCCUGCUUUUGUCUCGUAUGACAGUCUACCAGAUUUACUUGCACUCCAUGCAUCGUGAUGGCGUUGCUCUGAAAAAAAUGCCCCCCAGCAGAGUUUUAACCCUUCCUGGGGUAACUGAGGCUGCAGGACUGGAUGUGUCCAUCAAGGAACUUUCUCUGUAUGUAGCUGAUUCACAAAAAGGAUCUGUGGAUGUGUUGAAACUGAACAGCUCUAAGUCGAGACAGGAACUGAAACCCUCUGGACAGAUCUUAAAGCUGAGGGAUGGCUCAGUCACGGCUCUGGCAGUGGACUGGGUGACUUCCAACCUCUACUGGAGCAGCACAGAGAGGCCUGAUCUCCAAGUGACCUCCCGCCAUAACGGCUACACCACCUCUCUUCUGCAGGGGUCACUGAAGGGCACCACAUCCAUUGCACUGCAUCCUGUCUCGGGACGACUUUGCUACACAGCAAUCGUUGUAGCAGGUGGGAAGAGUCAGACAGAAGUGAGCUGCGCUUGGAUGGACGGCCGUAACAAAGUAGUGCUGUGGAGGAAGUCGAGCAUCCCCACCUCACUGGUCUUUUCCAAUCAAGGAUCUGUGAUCUACUGGGCUGACACAGGUGAGGGUGUAAUCAGCUCUAUUGGAGUAGAUGGGUCAGGAUAUAAACAGUACAAAACAGGGCCAGGUCUCCUCAUCUCCUUCACGCGUACCAAUAACAUCCUCCUCUGGGUCACCCUGGACAAAGAUGUGACCAAACUGUGGUUCAGUGAUGGUCUCCAACCUAACCAGCUGUGGUUUGAGACAAAGACCACCCUGAUGGAAGUCAGAGCCUACAGUGUAGACAGUCAGUCAGGGACUAAUAGCUGCUCCAACAACAACGGAGGAUGUUUCCAACUGUGCUUGGCGUAUCCCGGAGGUCGGACGUGUAAAUGCGGCCACGGCUUCUCCUAUGUCAAUGCCACUUCCUGUGCUGUGCCCCUUGACUGUCCGUUUGGGCAAGAGUCUUGCUUUGAUGGAAGCAAGUGUAUUGACAGCAGCGGGUUCUGUGACGGACAUGUGGACUGUCCAGACCGGUCAGAUGAGCAGGACUGUCCAAACACAAACUCUGCCACCUUCGGGGCCAAAGCCGGUGAUGUUCGCCCUCCCCAGUUUACGUCCCCGAGUCACCCCAAUUCCCAGAAGAACUCUGUUGUUUCAGUUAAAAAACACCCCACUUCCUGUGAGCUCCUAAAUUGCCACGGUCACGGCAGCUGCAUCACAGAAGCCAAAGUCACUCGCUGCCAGUGUAUGGCUGGUUACAAAGGAGAGUUCUGUGAAGAUACAGAGACUGGAAGAAACCACGUGGCUGUGAUCUUGGGUGUCUUCUGUCUCAUUGCAGGAUUGAUGGCUGCUGCUUUUAUUUUUGCUAAAAGGAGAGCCUGGGCAUCCAUCAGAAGCAGAUCCAUGGAGAAAGAAACUCUGAUGGCCAAUAUGGGCUUGCCUUUUGAACACUGCGAUUCAGACUCUGAGGAGCUCGAUUCCCCAGUAGACAUGAAGAACCCACCACUAGAGUUACAGUCACUGCAGCUCAAAUAAAGUUCUGAAAUAAGGCAUCCAGUGAACACCUGGUGGCUGAUUACUGUGGGAUCUUGUACUAUAUUUGCAGUGUUGGUUUCAUAACAAACCUGAAGGCUGCAGAUACCACGAGGGUGUGUUUUUGUGUUGCUGAAUUUAACUUUGGUGUAAUAAGAUGAAAAAAGAAAUAAACCAAAACCAUGAACUUGUGCAA